GUUAUCAACUCAUGACAGAAAACGAGUCCGAUUUUUGAAGGUAAAUUUCAACUCUGUGUUCAAUGGAUCUUAUUUCGUUAUUGUCUCCUUUCAGUUCCACUUUGCUUGAAAUUGUUUACCAAUUACUGAUCUCUGAAAGUUUCACUUUGCUUAAAAAUUUUAAUUGUUUGUUUACCAAUUACUGAUCUCUAAAGAGGUGCAAAUCAAAAGAAUUGUUUUGAUGGCUAAAUAUACGUAUACUCCUUUGAAAGCUGUUUUGACUUCUAACAGCAAGUUUAACAACAUUUAUGGAGUAAUCCGUAAAUAUCACGAACAAGGAGUUUACAUCCGCGAUGAAACUUAUGAUGCAAUAAAAGUCAAUUUUUCGACAACUUUCGAUGAAAUUUUCCCUCACAUCAAGCCUGGAAACAUUAUCAGGAUCCAUCGUCUUAUGACAACUGGAAAUCAAGUGUAUAGGUGUAUUAAAAGUGGCGAUAUAUUAUUAUUUUCUUCGUUUAAAGACAAAGAUGCAGAAUCAUACAAAGUACGUUUUGAAGCCAAAGAGCCUACUAUUGAACAAUCUGAUUUCACUCGUGUUAUCGAGCUUGAAAGCUGGUUAGCUGGAAAAAUUUUGGAGGUUUCAUUGGAAAAUAUUAGUAUGCCAGGUUGGGUUGAUAUGGUCUGUAAAGUAAUUGACAUCAAGGAUAUUGCAAGCCAUAGAGUCAUUUUGAUUGUUGCUGAUGGUACAAAACCAUUUCUUAAAUACAACUGGUUCUCUCCAAAUUGUGAACACUACGAUGGUAUCCCUAUGGACCAGUUAGUUUGUAUAACCGCGUGGGAUCGUCAUGCUGAAAAGGCUAGAAAAUUGGAAAGAGGAUCUUUUAUUGCAAUUUUUAAUUUACAAAUAGCCGAAGCAAAGAUUCAGUCUGGUUUUUAUGAACUUCAUUUAAGAGGUGGUACCCAUUACGGAAAAAGAAUCAGAAAUGUUAACUCGAACAGUAUCCUUGGAGUCAGUUUUCAAGAAAGAUUGAAUAUAUCACAUCCUGUUGCCUCAAAUAACCCGAUAAACGUUCCAAAUACUCAGCCCAAAACUCAAUCUAAUACCCAGGCCAAUGUUCAGUUUAAUACCCAGGCCAAUGUUCAGUUUAAUACGCAGUCAAACUCUCAAUCUAUUUCGCGGAUAAAUGCCCAAUCUACUACACAGCCAAAUGUCCAUUCUAAUACGCAUUCUAAUGUACAAACUAUAGCAAAGCCAGUUGCCCAUUCUAGUACACAGUCGAAUGUACAAUCUAAUACGCCAAAUGUUCAGCCUAAAUUAACUACUGUUAUUGAAAAGAUACAAGAAUCAUGUUCAUCAAUCAGUCCUUCUCAUUCUACUCAGAUCGUGAGUGAUGCUGAUCCCGCGAUCAGCCUUUGUGAAAUCUCCGAUAUUGGAUCGUCUUUUUUAAAUGAUCAUGAUCCCUCAACUCAUUCUACCUCUGACGACUCUGACCAUUCAAAGCCUUUACCGUCUAAAAGAAUGAAACUUUCAUGUCCCGUAAAAUUUCCAGCGUGUGUCCAAUUUAAAAAUCCUGAAGGACUAUUUGGAAUUAAAGAAUAUCUAGCUUUUGAUAGCGAUGAAAGAUACUGUGUUAAAGCAAAAGUAAAAAGAUAUCUACCAUCAUCAAGAAAGGUCAUCGAUUUCAUUAAACUAGUGUGUCCCAAUUGUAAUUAUAAAGAAUCGGCUUCUACCGAAGCUAUCAACAAAAUUAAAGCAUCUUCAGAACUUCAAACUUCAUUCCCAUGUCCAGAUUGCCGUUAUAAAAAUGAAAAGAGCCAACUGGUGGCUACAUUUUGGAUAAAUCUGAGUUUAAAAGAUACCGAAAGCUAUGAAAUUGCCGUUUCAUUGACAAAACUGGAUUUCAGAUGUUUGUUGGGUGUCAGAGUGAUAUCAGUUUUGAACAGUAUUGAAGAAGCUAACAAAAUAUUUGAUUUUCUCGACUACGUCUGCCCAUCAAUAGAUAAUGAUGAAGCAAGUGGAUCAAAAGAACAAGAUAAUAGACCAUUUCUAAAAUGGGUUAUUCAACGCCAACCAGGAGAGCCCGGAAUCAAAUACGAAUACCGAGUAUUAACGGCAUACCGCUUGGACGGUGAAUAAAGCAGUGUUUUAAAAUUAUUUGCUCAACAUUUAUCAAUUAUCAUAUAUUAAAUUCACACAAUGUACACAAUGGCGUUGUAGAAGAAAAAACAUUGCAUUUUACAGAUUUUUUAAUUUUUUACAGACUUUUUGUGUUAUUUUUUCGUGUUUACAGAGUGUUUAUAAAAAUAUGUACCAAGCUUGUUUAGUAAUCAUAAAUCAGUCAUUUACAAUGGACAGUGUUUAUUGUACCAAUCAAUAAUAAAUUUCAAUUCGGCGACCAAUCCAUCGAGGUCAUCUAUUCA